AGACAAUGAGUGGAGCAGUAAGCGAAGCGGCGUGGUCGUGAUUGGUCACCGCGGCCUCGAUGUGAGGCGUUCUCAAUUCAAAACAGUCGCGAUCGUGUUUAUGUGAAACAAACAAAGACAUUUCUUUCCAUAUGUUGACUUCGCCGAAUUUCAAAAAUGUUAUAAUUUACUGCUCAGUGAAUUAUAUUACUCAGUUAUUGUAAAAUGAAAUCUCUUCAAAUGACUAUUACUUACCAUUUAAAGAACUAUUUAUGUAACAGUGAGUGCAUCGGAAAAAAUACAAUGUCAGUAUGAAGAUUAAACAUUAUCCUGGCAAAGUUGUCAUGGAGGACCCAUGGCUCUCGAUUACUGAUCGAACCAUGGACCUUGUCUAUGCCGCCAACUGGGUAGGAGCCGGAAAUCUCAGAACCUACGAUGAAAAUUAUAAUCAACCUCAAAAGGUUAAAUUUAACACAAUCUCUAGAAGUAAGUCCUGUAGAGAUAUCGGACGAAAUACUGACAAGGAUGAUAAGACAUACUCAAUAGACAAUAAUAAUGAUCAUCAUAAUCAAAACGGUAACUUAAAUGGGGAAAACAUAUCUCAGUUGGCUAAAUACCAACAAAACAUAGAGGAAAAGGCGAGAGCGAAUAACAUGUUUACUACUCAGACUAAACUUAAACAUAGCUACAGUUUUAAAGACAUGCCUAACGGAUAUAGACCCUCAACUCUGAAAAGAGUGAAAAGAAGAAACUUCACGGAAUGGGAUGUAGAACCUAACGUGACCAAUAAUAAACAUCCACCAAUACCACCACAACGUAGAGAUUCUCUAAAAUAUGCUCAUAGACAAAGAAAAGUUGAUUCCAAAAAAAGUAUCCACACACUACCUGAUCCUGGCCCAGUUCCACCAGAUCCAUCUUCUGAAUCAUAUUACGAAUACUAUUCGAGAGUAAGCCAGCAAGUUAAUGACACUGAUAAUGAUAAAAUGAAAAAGGUGCAAAUAGACACAAGUAAAGAGAAAAAUUUCAUACACAAUGGCCACGAAAGUAAAAAUGGCAAUGGAAGUUUCAGUAAUGAUACGAUGUAUCAACUCAUCAACACCAUGGCAACUUUAGAUCUGACUCCUAUAAAAUCUAGGUCCGGAAACAGCCUCGACACGGAUUGCGAGGCGGAAGAUUUGGGUAUAUACAUGCGGCCUAUUAACGAAUCGUUAUCAACAUGCGAUCCACUUCCUGAGCGCACUUCACUACCAACGAACGAUAGAAGUAGACGCAUGGAAGACUCGAAGCCUGGCUUGCGUUCUAAGUCAUUGAGAGUCAAAAGCGAAGGAAGACCUCCACUUCGUGCAUACCUAGACGUCGUCAAACCUGACAGAGAAUCAUACAAUGGAGUCACUGUUACACAACCAAAAAGAAACCUAUCUCCUAGUGAACAAUUAUCUCUUAUGCAGUACGAAAUGUACAAAGGUGGCCCAAAAAAUCCACCUGUUCCCCCGAUUAGUAACGGUUUUCACUCAUCUGGAUCGGGCAAAGAAAGUGAUUAUCGGACUUUAAGUGGUGUUGCAAGACAAAUCAAACGUGACAAAUAUGGAAAGUUAUAUAAUACAGUGAGAGUGAAAAGUGACAAUAGGUACGAUAGAUACAAUGACUUACUUUUUGAUAUGCCAAAAGAGCGUAGUGAUGAAAGAGUUUCGCUGAGUAACGGUUACUCUAGAAGUGCUAAAAGUUCUUCCAGUGGAUCCGAUUCGGAUUUCUCUAUUCCUAGACCUAAGUUGAUAGUGCCUGUCCAUACAUAUGGCACUAGAAAGAGGAGGACUGGUAAUCUCUGUCAGCGUGAAAGCAACGCAACUGAUCCGUCUGACGCUGGAAUCGAGCUUGAAGUCACGCGACUAGAAGACACAAACGACAAAGCGGUUGAGAAACAACAUACCAAUAAUGGAGAUGCAGAGGGUCGCGUGGAGGUGUCCCGCGAGAACAAGUACCUCAGCACGAUGGCCCCCGGCAAGGUGUUCGGCGAGCUGGCCAUCCUGUACAACUGCAAGCGGACGGCCACCAUCAAGGCGGCCACCGACUGUCGGCUGUGGGCCAUCGAGCGCCAGUGCUUCCAGACCAUCAUGAUGAGGACCGGGCUUAUCAGGCAGGCCGAGUACACGGACUUCCUCAAGAGUGUUCCAAUCUUCAAGGACCUACCAGAGGAUACGCUUAUUAAGAUCUCUGAUGUUUUGGAAGAGACUCAUUACCAGAAUGGUGACUACAUCAUCAGGCAAGGCGCCCGAGGUGAUACCUUCUUCAUCAUAUCUAAAGGACAGGUGAAAGUAACGCAGAAACAGAAUAGCAAUGAUGAGAAAUUCAUCAGGACUCUCGUCAAGGGUGACUUCUUCGGAGAGAAGGCUUUGCAAGGUGACGACCUACGAACAGCGAACAUCAUAGCUGACAAUCCCGAAGGUACGACGUGUCUGGUCAUCGAUCGGGAAACCUUCAACCAGCUGAUAUCGGCACUCGACGAGAUCAGAACCAAGUACAAGGACGAGGGAGAGAGCAGAGCAAGGUUGAACGAAGAGUUUGCCCAACUUCGUCUGUCGGACCUGCGCAUCAUCGCGACGCUCGGCAUCGGGGGCUUCGGGCGCGUGGAGCUGGUGCAGAUCCAGGGAGACGCCUCCAGGUCCUUCGCCCUCAAGCAGAUGAAGAAGGCCCAGAUAGUCGAGACGAGGCAGCAGCAGCACAUCAUGUCCGAGAAGGAGAUCAUGUCGGAAAUGAACUGCGAGUUCAUCGUGAAACUGUACAAAACAUUCAAAGACCGCAAAUACUUGUAUAUGCUCAUGGAAACGUGCCUUGGAGGUGAACUUUGGACGAUACUUAGAGACAAAGGACAAUUUGACGAUGCGACCACAAGAUUUUACACAGCGUGUGUUGUUGAAGCUUUCCACUACUUGCAUUCUAGGAAUAUAAUUUAUAGGGAUCUCAAGCCAGAGAACUUGCUGCUGGACUCCAAAGGCUACGUGAAGCUGGUAGACUUCGGGUUUUCGAAGAAGCUGCAGGCGAGCCGCAAGACGUGGACCUUCUGCGGGACCCCCGAGUACGUGGCGCCCGAGGUCAUCAUGAACAGAGGCCACGACAUCAGCGCCGACUACUGGUCGUUAGGGGUAUUAAUGUUCGAGCUGCUAACCGGCUCCCCACCAUUCACGGGAGCUGAUCCUAUGAAGACCUACAACAAGAUCCUGAAGGGCAUCGACGCGGUGGAGUUCCCUCGCUGCAUCACGAGGAAUGCCGCUAACCUGAUCAAGAAGCUGUGCAGAGACAACCCUGCCGAGCGGCUGGGCUACCAGCGGGGCGGGAUCACGGAGAUACAGAAGCACAAAUGGUUCGACGGCUUCAACUGGGAGGGCCUGGCGAUGCGCACACUGGACCCGCCCAUCACGCCCACCGUCAAGUCUCCGCUCGACACACACAACUUCGACCAGUACCCGCCAGACGCGGACGAACCGCCGCCAGACGACCUGUCGGGCUGGGACGCUUCCUUCUAGAACUUUCUAGAACUAUGUAGUCGUGUAGAUCUUGCUUCUGUGUGAAUACGGCGGUUUUCCGUGGUCAAGGUAUGAACGGGAUAUUCUGUCUAACUGCCAGUUUCAAUAACUCUAUCUAUCGAUAGCUGACACUUAAGUACUUUCGUACGAUUUUGAAAGAAUGAAACUUUUUAUGUCGUAUGAUGGUAACUGUCAGCUAUCGAUAGAUAGAGUAUUGAUACUGGCAGAAGUUGAUUGUUGAUUGAGUUUCCGAACAGACGGAAUUUUGCCAAAAUUGCUACCACUUUUUUGUUAGUGAAGGACGGAUGUAGUGUAUCUCUUUCUAGCAUUCAGCUGUGCCGAGUGGCGAUGCCUCAGUUUUUUGUCUUUAAGUUUGUCGUACUGAAGACGAGUUGUGCCAAAAUUUAAAUAACAAAAGGCUUGAAUUAUUCGAACAAAUACAAACCAAUAUUAAGAAAUUCGAAUUCGGAAAUAUAAAUCACAACAAAAACAAAGCUUCCAGUUUGUAAUAAUUAUGUUAUUUGUUGCCUUGUAGUAUGUUGUACAGUCACAUGAAAAAUAUGCCAAUUAUUGUGAUAGCAAAAUGAAUAUUGUUACUUUUUGAUCUAACACUAUAUUUAACGUAAGUUAGCUGAUAAGCGUAGUUGUCUUACAUAUUAUUAUGAGAAAAUGAACCUUGUGGUGCUCAAAUGAAAAUAUUUUUAUUGGUAAGACACAAAUUAAUAUCUAAUGUCAAUUGAAUUUCAGCGAAUAUGCUUUGCUUGUGUAUUUUAUUGGUUAUUUAUGAAAUAAGAGCUAGGUAGCUAUUAUAAACUAUUUUAUUUAAGCUGAUUAUUUUAAAUAAUUGGUUUACAAAUGCUGAAAGAGACGGUUUUCAUGUAUGUAAGUCUGAAAAAUCCUCUUCUUUGCCAUUUUGUAAUUUAUGUUUUAGAAUAUAUCAGCUUACAAUCUUUCAGAAAUCCACUAAUCGAUUAAUUGUAAGUUUCAGUAGAUUUGGUCAUGUUUUAUAUUUAAUAUCUGAUAUUUUUAUGAAAUUGUAGCUAGCUAUCUCGAGACAUGACAUAAUAAUUAUAUUAUUCACUUAAAAAUAGUCAUCCUAAUUCUAAGUCUUUCUGUUAAGUUAGUUACAAUAAAUUCAUUGUAAAUACCCCAUAAAUGAAAACUAGAAAGAAUAUAUGAAUGAAUUUAUAAAAAAUAAUGUAAUGUAAUUGCAAUAUUAUUAUUUCAUUUUAAGAGAUUUAUUUUUAUAAUCUUAACGUAGUCCAUUUUCGUAUAUAAACAUUAUAAAUUAACGAUUUGUGAAAAUGUUAAAUACACUUAUUUCAAGUAUAA